UAGAGAAGGAAUAUCGCACUCUGUCUGGGAGUCUGGGUUAAUUAUCGUGAAAUCAAACUUGUCUCUCCGACUAUAAAUUGCCUGUGUAAUCUUUUGGCCUAUUGCAAUUGCAUUUCGAACAUGGCUCGAACGAUUAGGGGUCGUUGUGCUGUUGGCACAAAAUACAAAUUAUGGCUGAAGACGGCAACAAUUCUGAUGAUCUUGGGAUCCAACCAAAUGGUCUCCGCUGGUGGUUAUGGUGGCGGAGGUGGUUACAGUGGAGCCUCAGCUUCUGCCUCGGCAAUUGCUAGCAGCUAUUCAUCUGGUGGUGGAGGAGGUGGGUGUAGUGGUGGCUGUCCCGGUAGCGGCGGCAGUGGUGGUGGUGGUGGCGCCAAUCCCUUUUUGCCCGGAGGCGGUGUCAGCAUCCACAAGGAGAUUAACUUGAAUGGCCUCAAACAGGGUAUAUCUGGAGUUAUUGGUGGUAUUUUGGAUGGCGUUGGCAAGCUACAUGGAUCAGCUGGAGGAUUACAUGGUGGCAUUGGAAAAGGUGGAGGCUUUGGCGGAGGUUUUGGUGGAGGAGCCGGUGGUGGUGGUGGCGGCGGUGCUUCGGGUCCUGGCUGCUCCUCAGGUAAUUGUGGUGGCAAAUCGAAUCCAUUUUUGCCAGGUGCUGCCGGUACUUAUGCUGGAGGCUCUGUUGGUGCUGGUAUUUUAAAUGGUGGUCCCGGUAAGCCCAUCAAAAAACCUGACUUAUCGUAUGUUCCUCCUGGGUCAGGAAAUCAACCUGGCGGCUGGCAACCCGGCUCUGAUCCCAAUUUAAAUUCAGUUGGCAGCCCUUCGGAUUGGCAUCCUGGUGUAAACCCCAAUCCCACAUGUUCUGGAGGUAAUUGUGGUGGUCCCGGCAGACCAAAUGGUAAGGGACCGGUACAAUUCCCCAAUUCGGGUGGACAACAACCAGGGCCUAGUGGACCUGGUGGUUAUGGCGGUGGUGCUGGUGGUGGUGCCGGAGGAGGAGCAGGUGGAGGUGGUGGAGCUGGCGGUGGUGCCGGAGGAGCUGGUGGUUUAGGCGGCUAUGGUGGAGGUCCCGGCAGUCCCGGCAGUCCCGGAGCACCUGGUGGACACGGUGGUCCAGGUGGUUAUGGCGGAAGUCCAGGAGGACCUGGUGGACAUGGUGGUCCAGGAGGUUAUGGCGGAAGCCCAGGAGGACCUGGUGGUCCCGGAGGAUAUGGCGGAGGUGGUGGUGCUGGUGGUGGCGGCGGAGCUGGUGGUGGUGGAGGUGCAGGUGGUGGUCCAGGCCGUCCUGGUGGUCAAGGAGGACACGGUGGAUUUGGCGGUGGCCCAGGAAGUCCAGGUGGACCUGGUGGUUAUGGCGGUGGAGCCGGGGGCGGUGGAGCCGGGGGCGGUGCUGGUGGUGGAGGAGGUGCUGGCGGUGGUGCCGGAGGUGCUGGUGGUUUAGGCGGCUAUGGCGGUGCACCGGGUAGUCCCGGUAGACCAGGUGGUCCCGGGGGAUAUGGCGGAGGUGGAGGUGCUGGUGGUGGCGGCGGAGCUGGAGGCAGUGGAGGUGCUGGUGGUGGUCCAGGCCGUCCUGGUGGUCAAGGAGGACAUGGUGAAUUUGGCGGCGGCCCAGGAAGUUCAGGUGGACCUGGUGGUUAUGGUGGUGGUUAUGGUGGUGGAGCUGGUGGAGGAACCGGUGGAGGAGCUGGUGGAGGAGCUGGUGGAGGUGGUGGUGCCGGAGGUGGUGCAGGCGGUGCUGGUGGAUUGGGAGGUCAUGGAGGAUUUGGCGGUGGUCCCGGUAGCCCUGGGGGAUCUGGAGGCCCAGGAAGUCCUGGAGGACAUGGUGGUCCAGGUGGUUAUGGCGGAGGUCCUGGCAGUCCCGGAGGACCUGGUGGUCCAGGCGGUUAUGGUGGAGGUCCAGGCAGUCCUGGAGGACCGGGUGGUCCAGGUGGUUACGGCGGUGGUGGCGAAGCCGGUGGUGGUGCUGGUGGCGGUGCUGGUGGCGGUGCUGGCGGACAUGGAGGUUAUGGCGGUCGCCCAGGUGGCCCAGGAGGAUAUGGUGGUGGAGCUGGUGGCGGUGCUGGUGCAGGAGGUGGUGCUGGUGCAGGUGGUGGUGCUGGUGCUGGUAGUGGUCGUCCUGGAGGUCCUGGAGGACAUGGCGGCUUUGGCGGUAGCCCAGGAAGUCCUGGUGGUCCAGGCGGCUAUGGCGGUGGAGCUGGAGCUGGAGGCGGUGCUGGGGAAGGAGGUGGAGGCGGUCAUGGCGGUAGCCCCGCCGGAUCUAAAGGUUAUGGCGGUAGCCCUGCAGGGCCUGGUGGUUAUGGUGGAGGUGCUAGCGGUGGUGCCGGUUCAGGAGGACCCGGUGGUUACGGCAGUGGCCCAGGAAAUUCAGGCGGCUACGGCGGUAGCCCAGGAGGAGCCGGAAAGCCCUGUACAUCCGGCUUGUGUGGUUUCGAUGGCAAAGGAUUGGGUGGCCUAAUCCCUAACUUUAGUGGCGCUGGAGCUUUCAGUGGUGCUAGCGCUUCAAGUUUUGCCUCAGCUGGUAGUGGUUCUUUUGGUUUUGGUUUCCCGGGUGGUGCAGGUGGCGGCGAUGGAGGCAGUAGUGCCCCAGGCGGAAGUUGUGCCAAAUGUGCAGGUGGCGGCAAAGGUCAUUCUGGAGCUUAUGCAAGUGCCUCGGCUUCAUCUUCGGCAUAUGCCAGAAGCUAUUAGGAACAAAGUCUAAAACAUUUCUCAACAAAAAAUAGAAACAACAACAAUACUCCCAAGUAUAUACAUAGGUAAUAUAUAUUUGUUUGUAUGUAUGUAGUUAGAAUAUAAUUAAGUUUGUUAUUUUAUUUUGUAUAUACGUGUGUAUAUUUUUGUGUAUGUGCAUGUAUGGAAGAGAGAUCUAUAGAAGUUAUUGCUUAGAUUAAGUCAAUUAAAUGUCAUUAACAAUAAAGAAGAUGAAAUUGAAAA